AUGUUGAAGAAAGCCCCUCAGCUGCCUGUGCGGCAGCUGCUCAUUCUUUCAAUAUGUCGCUUCGCAGAGCCUGUGGUCCUCACCUCCGUCCUCCCCUACCUCCCGGAAAUGAUUGAGUCUGUCGGCGUUCCUAAGCAUGAAAUCGCCAAGUGGGUUGGCAUCACCAGCGCCGUGACCGCCUUCAGCCAGGCCGCCAUGGCCGUCACCUGGGGCACGCUCUCGGACACGGUCGGCCGCAAGCCCGUGAUCUUGCUCGGGUUGACCUGCACGAUGGUCAUGUCGCUGGUGUUCGGGCUCUCGCGGAGCCUGGUGAUGCUGGUGGUCGCGCGCGGCCUGCUGGGCCUGAUGAAUGGCAAUGUCGGCAUCAUCCGCACCAUGGUCGCCGAGAUGGUGCCGGAGAAGGAGUUGCAGCCGCGCGCCUUCAGCAUCAUGCCGCUGGUGUGGACGAUCGGGAGCAUCUUUGGGCCGGCGUUUGGUGGCGCGCUGGCCCGGCCCGCGGAGAAGCACCCCGCGCUGUUUGGGGACUCGGUGUUUCUGCGGAAGUAUCCGUUUGUGCUGCCGAACAUGGUGGCAGCGGGGUUAUUUGUGUUGGGGAUUGGGACGGGGUUUUUGUUUCUGGAGGAAACGCUAGCCGCGAAAAAGGAUCACCGGGACUAUGGACUCGUGCUGGGUCAGGCUUUGACGCGUCCGUGUCGGAGUGCCAGGUCUGACAAGAAGUCACGGCUCUCAGCGGCAAUCGCAGGAGCUGAUGAAGAACGAACGGCCUUGUUAGGGCAGCGCCGCCGUGCAGGUAAGAAAGCCCGCAAGCCCAGCUGGGCGGAGGUGUUCUCGCCGCAGUCCAACCUGAUUCUCGUGGCGUACUCGCUUAUGUCCAUGCACACUAUGGCGUUCGACUCGUUGCUACCGGUGUUUCUGCAUACGCCCGUGCAACAGCUCGAGGGGAACCCGGACGUGCAUCUGCCGUUCAAAUUUAUUGGAGGGUUUGGCGUGGACUCCCAGACCAUCGGGAUCUACUACACCUUGAUCGGCAUCAUUGGCAUGAUUGUGCAGUUCAUGAUCUUCCCGGUGGCUGCCAAGCAGUACGGCGUGCUCAAUUGCCUCAAGGUGGUCUCCAUCGUGUUUCCAAUUUUGUACCUGGUGACCCCGUUCACGGCGCUGGUGCCGGGCUCGCUGCGCCACGUGGUCGUGUUUCUGUUGAUGCUGGGCAAGCUCUCGGCCUCGAUCUUCGGGUUCCCGUGCACGACGAUCCUGCUCACCAACUCGGCGGCCAGUCUGAGCGUGCUAGGGACGUUGAACGGGGUGGGGACGAGUGUCAGCGCCAUUGGACGGGCGAUUGGGCCGGCGUUGACGGGCUCGGCGUUCUCAUUUGGCGUCAAGCGGGGGUACAUCAUCAUUCCGUGGUGGCUUUUGGCGGUCUUUGGUGCGGUCAGUGCCAUUCCGGUGUUUUGGUCCGAGGAGUCGGACGGGUUUCAUGGCAAGGAGGAGGUGGAGGAGGAGGAGGAGGAUGCAGAAGAGGAGGAUGGUGGAUAUGGGGCUACCUCCCGACGCGGCUGA